AUGACAGAUACGACAGAGGCAUUUUUAACGGAAGUGAAUGCUUUAUAUAACUCUCGUGAUAAAGCAAGAAGAGAACAGGCUGAUACAUGGUUACAAGCUUUUCAGAAGACGCCGGAAGCAUGGGCGAUUUCAAACCAAAUGUUAAGAUCUCCUCAUUCAACGCCUGAAACCGCUCGACACUUCGCUGCUCGAACAUUUCGACAAAAGAUAACUCUCGACUUGCAUCAACUCGACAGUGCCGCUCGCAUUUCCCUUCGCGAUUCGCUUUUAGAAAUUCUUUAUCAAUAUCAUGACGGUCCUCGCAAUAUUGUCACUCAAAUAUGUCUUUCUCUUGCAGCAUUAGCACUCCAGAUGCCUGAAUGGCAAAAUGUUCUUCCUCAGCUUACAGAAUUGUACGUAUUUGAAUGUUUAGAAAGUUGGCUUUAUUCUGGUGAUAUUGCAAUCAGUAAUUUGGAAAAUAAUCCAUUUUUAGUAAUUUCAUUCGAUGCUUUGCAAUCAGUUGAAUUAUUCGAUGUAGCAGUUGAUGUUGUCUGUAGAAUUAUUAGUGAAACUCGAGAAAUCCCUGAUUCUAUGCCAGUAAUUGAAAAAAUAUAUCCACGUUUGUUACCUUUGAGAGAUUCAUUAAAGAUAGCGAUAGAAGAAGACGAUGAAGACAAAGUACGAGGGUAUUGUCGUAUUUUCACGCAAGCUGGUGAAUCAUAUUUGGAAUUGAUCGUUCAACAUGCUGAAGCUUUUCAAAGUAUAGUAGAAAGUAUAGCUGAGUGCACAGCUUAUCAUGAAACGGAAAUUGUUAAGAUUACAUUUUAUUUCUGGCAUCGUUUAGCUGAUACUUUAUUUGAAUCAGAUCACUCGAGAAUUAAAGAAAAAUUUAAACCCAUAUUUUCCAACUUAGUUGAUAUAAUGAUUAAACAUUUACAUUACCCAAAAGAUCUUUCAACUUGGUCAGCAGAAAAACGAGACGAAUUUCGUGAAUUUCGUCAUGUAAUGGGUGGCGUUCUUAAAGAUUGUUGUAUUGUAGCCGGUUCACAAGAGUGUUUAUCGAGACCUUACAAUAUUUUAACAAACUUAUUGAUGAAUACAACGAAUAGAAGCACAAUAGAGUGGCAAGAAAUUGAAGCACCUUUGUUCUCAUUGAGAGCAAUGGGAUCUGAAAUAUCGGAUGAUGAAGACAUAGUUUUACCUCAAAUCAUGCAACUUAUGCAACAAUUACCGGAUCAUCCAAAACUUCGUUAUGCUGCCACUUUGGUUAUUUCCCGGUAUUCAUUUUGGACUAGAAAUCAUUCUCAAUUUAUUCCAUAUCAGUUGCAUUUUAUUUCUUCUGGCUUUGAUGAUGAUGAAGUGGCUGCUGCCUCCGCUUUGGCGUUAAAAUAUUUAUGCAAGGAUUGUAGUGAGUUGUUGGUUGAAUAUCUACCACAACUACAUCCUUUUUAUCUUAAUGUUUCGAAAAAACUUCACGGUGCAGAUUUAUAUGAAGUUACCGAAGCUGUUACUCAUGUCAUCGCUGCUGUACCUACCACUGAAUUGCUAAAAGCUUUACAGAUGUUUUGCUUUCCUAUUGCACAAGGACUACAUGAACUCGCGAACAAAGGUGCAUCAGCGACUGAAAAGGAAAUUAAAAAUGCAUGUGACCAAUUGGAGCAAUUUUCAAUUAUUCUUCGUGUCAUUGCCGAUCGCCGCGAAAACGAAGAAACAAUUGAUAUUACGACUGAUCAAGCCCAUCCAUGUAUUUCCAUUAUACAAGAACUGUGGCCUGUGUUUGAUCUUCUCUUACUUAGUUUUGGAGCUGAUCCCCAUUUGUCAGAGAGUCUUUGCAAAUGUUUCAAAUAUUGUGCGGUACUUUAUCCAAUUGAUUUUCGACCAUUGCUUCCUGAACUUAUGGAACGUCUUAUCACUGCCUUUGAUCAAACAUGCCUGAGUUGUUAUGUGUGGGCAGCAGGAAAAUGUGUGAGAGAGCAUUCUUCUGGCGAAGGAAAUGAAGCUACACUUGCAUUACUAACGUUUAUUGAAAGAUUUAGCGUUACAAUGUUUAAGCUUCUUGCUGAUAAAAAACCUGAUGAAAUUCCUGAUGUCGUUGAGGAUUAUUUUCGCACCAUUAUUGCAUUUGUUGAGUGUGCACCCCUAACUUUAUCACAUUCAGCUCUUUUUCCAUCCAUUCUGGGUGCUGGUUUAACAUGCCUAGCAGUUGAACAACAAGAUGCAUUACAUGCCGUUCUUUUAUUUUUUAAUAAAUUGCUCUCAUUCAUCGUAAAAGAAAGAAAAUCUCAAAUACACCCUUCAUCAAGGAAUAUUUCUCAUAUACCAACAUCUCCAACUUCAAUGGGAUUUAAUUCAAAUAUUUUGACUCUUGAAACUGUAUUACGGCAGCAUGGUUCAACAUUGAUUGAUCACAUGAUCAGAGGUUUAAUUUAUACAUUUCCUAGAGACUUUCAGCAAAGUUACGUUGAUGACAUAUUGGUAUCGUUGGCAAAAGUGUUUCCACAAGAUUGUCAACAAUGGAUAUUGGAAGUCAUUCAACAUUUACAAGAUGUUAAUUGUACAUCAGAUAUGAAAAAUUCGUUUAUAAGGGAAUAUAAUCUAGCGGUCCAGAACCAAGAUUGGUUAAAACUACGAAGAACUACAAAUGAUUUUGUCGCAAUCUUUAGAAGAAGAUAUUUAGCAUCCAGAGAACUUUCUAGUAAAUUAUCUGAAGAAUUAUCUUAUAAUGGAUCAGAGCCAAAUGAAUUGAAAAUUCGAAAUGAUUCCUUUGAAAUUAAUUCAAUAGUUAAAACGAUAACUUUGGAGGAAUGGGAAUCAAAAACUCAACUCACAGAAACGCAAAAGCAGAGUGUUUUAGAACUCCAAGAUGCUUGUACUGAGUUACCAUUACCUGACGGGUUUUUCAGUGACUUUGGAGCUGGGACCCCUCAACGUACCUCGUCCCCAACUGCAAUAUCUGUAAAAGAGAAUUUCAAAUUAUCACCGAAUCUUCGUUCAACCCCAUCACCAUCACCUCUUCCCAAAUCACGAUCUACAAUGAACUUAGAAUUUCAACCAGAUGUAGCAGCUAGUGUUAAUACUUCAGAUGCAAAUCAUGGAAUACCUCAACCAAUAGAAACUACACAACAAUUUUUUGAUUGGUUUGCUAGAAUGGAAACAGACAUGGAAAAAGACCAAGAAGAUGUUUAUAGAAACUUUCUUGGGGUGGUUACUCUAUAUAGACAAGUAUGUGAUACAUUUUUAGAGCAAAUAGAUAAUACUGUAAAAUUAUUUAAUGAUUUGGAUGGUAAUUUCAAAUUUGUUGAAGAAAGGACUAAGGCCAUGCAAACAGCUUGUGAGAAAUUAUUGGAAGAACAAAAUAAUUUGACAUCUUUGGCAGAUGCAAUGGCUUCUAAAUUAGCUUAUUACAAUGAAUUAGAACCCACUUCAAAAUUAUUCAGCUCACAAAUAGAUAAUAUAUGUGAGCAACCAAAUUUUAUUCCAAUUUUAACAAAAUUGGAUGAAUGUAUAGAGCAUAUGCAAAGUAAUCUUAGAUAUAGAGAUUCAGAACUUUAUCUUAUGAAAUUUAAAAAUUGCAUGACUCAAGGAAUGAAUUUAAUAAAAGUGCACUUUAUUGGUACAAUUAAAGGCCUUGGUAUAGAAAUUAGUAAAACGAAUAAUCAGACACUAAAUACUACAACAGAAGCGGCCUUAUUUUACACAAAAUUUCGUGCAGUAGCUCCAAAAUUAACAGGAUUGAUGCGAGAAAUUGAAAAGCGAUGUCUUUUGUAUCCAGAAUAUAAUUCAUUAUUACAUGAUUGCUAUAAUGCAUAUUUUUCUGUACGACAACAAUUGCUCAUUCCUGCAAUAUAUUCAAAAAUUACGGAAUUGGGAUCAGAUGAAUAUUCCUUAUUUUAUGACUUUUUUUCAACCGGUGAAGAUGAUUUAUAUUAUAUGUACGAUUAUUUGCGUCCACGUAUAAUCCAAGAAGCAAAAAUUGAGACCUUAUCCGAACUUUGUUUAAUACUUAUAAGUCAUAUCAAUCGUGAUGUGAAUAAUAUAAAUGAAGGUCAAGGUCAAGGUCUACAAUUUAGUCACUUAAUACGUAAUGUUCUACAAGAUGCACAACAAAGACUUGUUUUCCGUGUGCAAACUUAUAUUCGCAGCAAAAUACAAAAUUUUAUUCCACAACCAAUCGAUUUGGAUUAUCCAGAUAAAUUGAAAAAAGAGAAUAUUCAACUUCCUUCGACAGAUAUUGAACCAACUGUUGAUAUAGAAACUAAAGUGUCAAUUUCACCUUCAUCACCUGCGAUAUUGGAAGUUUAUCAAGAUAAUGAUGAUGUUGAAUCUGAGGUUUCUAAUUCACCUAAUUCUCCAACAUUACUAACAAAUGUUGAUGAAAUUGAUGCAAACAAUUCAGGCUGGUUUCCUACAUUACAUCGUACCCUAUGGAUUCUUUCAAAGCUUUAUCAGUGUGUUAAUCCUUCAAUUUUUGACGAUAUUGCUCAGGAAGUUGUUCUUUUAUGUUUACAUUCAUUAUUAUCCGCGAGUGAUAUAAUAACUAAAAAGCAUUUAUUGAUUCUUAAAGAACAAAUAGCCUCCUUUGAUACUCAAUUUGUACAUGAAGAGAAAGAUUUGGACUUUUCAUUAAUAACUGGUGCACUCGGUGAACUUUUACAGAAUAAAUAUUCAAUUCUUAGUCCAACCAAAUUAAUUGGUUUGGCCUCAAAAGGCAUUCCAAAAGUUGUGGAAAAUAGAAUAGAUUCAAAACAGGUUAAGAAAAUAGAUAAAGAACUUAAGCGCAUAUGUGAAGAUUUCAUUUUUGAUAGUUCAAAAGCAGCAAUUGAACCUUUGUCCUCUUUUUUAGUGAAGGUAUCAGCUUUUAGAUUAAGAAAUGAUCUUAAGGCAGUUCAUCAUCAAACUUUGUUAAAGAAUCAAAAAUUUGCACAGCCUGCUAAAAUUAUAGACGUAUAUGAUGACUUCCAAGAAACUGUUAAGAAAAGACUUCGUUAUAUAAUUCCUAAAAUGUCAGAAUACUUGGAUGAUCGUAAAACUGAAAGUGUAUUACUAAAGCCAAUGCAGAAACAUAUUCUAGACACAUAUCAAGCAUUUUAUGAUAUACUGCAAAAUGAAAAUUUUGAAUUAGGUAAAUUUCCUAAAGCUUUAGGUGAUAUAGACAAAGUGAAAGAGCGAGUACGUGCUGAAUGGUUUUGGGAGGAAGAACAAAAUAAGGAAAUUCGUAUAGAUAAUAAUUAA